CUCUUUUCUUUAUGCAGCUGUAAUGAUUACAUCACUAAUAAUGUCAUCGUGUUUGGCGGCAUCUUCCUGUCCUGAUGGUUAUCGAAAAGAUGAAACUGGACAUUGUCAAGAUAUCAAUGAGUGUUUAGAAGGAGGCAGGAAACAGUGUGGUCAGCUAUGCACCAACACACUUGGAGCAUUUCAGUGUUCCUGUUUGGGAGGUUAUACACUAGAGGCAGACAGAUGGUCAUGUUUUGUACAAGAACCCACACCAUCCAUUAUGUUCAGUCAUGGCAUGGACAUUUCUCAAAUGGAUGAGGGAGGCACAAAUCUUCUGCCUAUUCUACAGAAUGUUGGCACAGUCCACUCCUUUGAUUACAAUAUCAUGCAUGAGCGGAUUUACUUUAUCGACUCAACAAGAAACUUAAUUGGCUGGGCACCGUUAACGGGAGGAGCUGAUCAGAUUCUCAUUUCUAGUGGUGUUGGGAUCUUGGAGAGUGUAGCCGUUGACUGGAUCAACCUCCGUAUAUACUGGUCAGACUCUCUUUUCAAGCGAGUUGAAAGCUGCAGCAUUUAUGGAACCGACCGAAGGAUCAUCUUGGAAACGGGACCCCGGACACCAACUGCCAUUGUCCUUGAUCCAAUGGAAGGGUAUAUAUUCAUCAGCACCAUAGGUCGUCGGCAGAGGAUCCAGCGGGGGACGCUGGACGGCACGCGGCAAAAAACCAUCAUCAAAUCAGGGGUCAGCAACAUCAAGAGCUUUGUCCUGGACUAUGUGGACAAGAGAUUGUUCUGGCUGGACAAUGGCACUGGGAUGAUUGAAUCAAGCUACUAUGACGGCAGUGAGAGGGAGACAGUCACAGCAGGCUUGAACUCGGACUGCUAUGGCCUGUCCCUCUUUGUCGACCACAUCUACUGGACGCGACUGACGGACCAGACCAUCAGUCGUGCCAACAAGUAUACGGGCCAUGACAUGGUGGUCAUCACCACUACGUACCUAGACUCCAACCCGAGAAGUAUCCAUGUUGUUCACCCUUUCAAGCAGCCCCCUCAGAGUCCCACAGCUCGGGUGAAUUGCACAACCCAUGAUGACUGCCCCAUCGACAUCGGAGAGGGCCAGCCUCCCCCGGCUCCACAACCCUUCCUGGUCUUCACAAACCGACACGACAUCCAGCGCAUCAAUUUUGACGGAACAGACUACAUGCAGGUGGCCUUCGGAAAUAUGGAAAAUCUUGUCGACCUGGACUAUGAUCCCGCCGACAAGAUGGUCUAUUUUGCAGAUGCGGGAAAGAAGACAAUUGAGCAUGUAGGAAUGGAUGGUCAGAAUAGAGGGGUCGUCUGUGAGGGGCUGGGUACGGUUAACGGAAUAGCCCUAGAUUGGUUGCGGGGAAGACUGUAUUGGACAGAUUCAGAAGAAGGCCACAUUGCCUCAUGCAGCAUUCAUGCCUGCAUUCCUGAAGUCAUUGUAGAUACUGGACUUCAAAUUCCAAGUGGGAUAGCUGUUCAUCCUUCUUUAAAUCUGAUAUAUUGGACUGAUGUUGGAAACCCAGCCAAAAUAGAGGCCAUUCGCCAUGAUGGGAGGCAUCGAGCUACCAUAGCAACCAGUAACCUAACCAUGCCCACUGGCAUCACUAUCGACUAUAAGAACCAAAAACUCUUGUGGAUUGACAGUGCCAGAAAAGUGAUUGAGAUAUCCAACCUGGAUGGGACAGAGCGCAGCAUUAUCACAGGCAAUCAGUUGGGCCAGCCCUUUGGCAUCUCAGAGUUUCAGGAUUAUGUCUGGUUCACGGAGUGGGAGGAGGACAUGAUUGUCAGGGUUGACAAGUCAACGGGCGGUGGGCGGGUCAGGCUGAGAGGCAGCAUGCAGAGACCUACAGGGGUGCAGGUGGUACACCCUAGCCGGAGGGUUAUUUCAAGUAUCAAUCCUUGCUCAGUGUUCAACGGAGGGUGCGAGCAGAUCUGCAUUCAGGCACACAUCAAUCAGGUCGUCUGUGCAUGCAAUAACGGGCACAGGUUACGAAAUGAUGGUGCUACUUGUAACCUUGAUGAAUGUUACACUGGCAAGCACAACUGUAGCGUCAACGCAUUCUGUGAGGACACAGACCCGAGCUUCUACUGUCGGUGCAAGCCGGGAUUUAAUGGCAAUGGAUAUACCUGCAUAGCCCCAACAACGCCUAGAUCAGAGUUGAUAGCCCCGCCCCAAAUCACCUACCCUCUGCCGACUACAACCACCAAGAGCUCCACAACCAGCCAGUCCUUCACCAUGAUGGCUAGCAACACCCGACAUUGGCACCACCCUUCCUUGACCACUGCAAGGAGCACCACAGCCUCUCGCUCUACCUUGCCGCCUGACCAGCAUAUACCAGUAUCCUCCCACCAUAGCCUGACUCAAAGCAGCAGUAGCGGCAGGGAUGAAACUGUUGAAGGUGCAGCCACGGUAACCUCGUACCCAGAUGACGUGAUUGGUGGGCAGCGCACCACCCCAGAUAUGUCCCAUUUUGGGCAAUGCGGGCCGGAGUACCGCUACUAUUGUGUAAAUGGCGGAGUCUGUCGUUGGCUCAUCAAUAUCAAGAAACCGUCCUGCAGCUGUUUGUCCGGCUAUGCUGGUGAGCGUUGCUUGUUAGUCAAACCCAUCAUUCCAGCCAGUGGGAUGAGUGGUGCUAUGGUAGCGGCUGUCUCCGUAGGAAUACUUGUUCCCAUCUUUCUCAUCAUUGUUGGUAUUGCUUGCCUCAUCCACAGGAAGAGAUCCAAGAUACCUAAUGCUACUCUCCACACAGAGAUCAUUAACAUGCAGUCUCAGGACAGACUCAACUACCAACAAGGGUUAGACAGACCCCAGAAUAAUAGCACUGCCACAGACUGUCGUACAACUCCCCCCUCACCAGUUGCAACUACGAAGUUGAUAUCCUCGUCAGAGAGGCUAACCAUUCCCUCAGCCAGUGCAACCCUCCCACUCUAUCAGUCCUGUAAGAGGAAAGCUCCCACCUACCCUGCAGAGACUGAGCGCUACAUGGAGCCUGCCCACAUUCCCACUCUGCGACGAGUGGGGACUUCCGGUUAUCAGACCCCAAGGAAAGGGGCUCCAGUUAUCAUGCCCAAGCCCACCUUCAAGUUGGCUGGAGGCGUGGCAGCCCAUGCCUUGCUGCAUCGCAAGCUGUCCAUAGAACAGGAGCAGCUACAGAUGGGCCAGGACUUUGUGGACAUUGAUGGUGACUCCAAAGCCAUUCCCACUGUCCUAACCCUAACCGCGCCCAACACUGACGAGUAUGACAGAGUGGUGGGAACGAGGCGGGCGUGGCCAGACAACUUUUAUAUGAACACACCCAAACUUAUUCCUAAGAAUUCCAAGUGAGUAAAAGGACAGUUGGGCAUCAAGCAGCCAGAUAACUUACAUGUAUUAAAAAAGGGAAAAUGCUAGUUGAUAAGAAUGAUCAGACCUAUGAAAAGUGUCACUAGAGGGACUGAAUAACAACAGUUUGACAGGUUUUGAUGUUCCUAGCAUUCAAGGUAGCUGACAAAUUUAUUUUUAUAUGAGAUAUUUGACUUUCUGCGUGUUGUAUAGUAACUGGUAAAUAUCUGGUAGAAUGAUGUUAAUAACCAGGUUUGCCCGAGUUAUUCUGUAAUCCAGUGUUCUAAAAAGUGCCUUUGUUGAGAAAUGUUCAUAUACAUGUUAUAAUGGUGUUUGAUAUGGGACCAUUUUCUUUAAAUAAGAACAUAUAUUUAUGUUAUGAUGCUAGCCAAGUAGUUUUGCUUUAAUUUGUCUUUGGAAGUUUAUUGGAAAGGAGAAUAACAUUUUGAAGAAUCUAGUAAAGUUGUGUGCAAGGAAUAUCCAGCAUUAUAGUUCUGUCACUGUUGUGCCUGAAAAAGCUAGCAUAAUCACAGUUUCAAUCUUUCGC